CUAGGUAUUUAAAAUAGCAGGCUUUGCAUUCUGACGUCUUUGAAGAUGGCGCAAAGAAGGAUUGAUGAGCAAAUUUUCGAUGAAUAUGAACCAACCGAGGAGGAGAAACAUUUUGAAUUUAAUAUUCAAAAAUACAAUGGCCCAAGGAAUUCUCGGUUUGAACCGCAUGGUGAAGGCAGAGCAAAAUUCUUUGCUGGCGGUCGAUACGAGGGACAGUUUAGAAAAGGCUUACUUCAUGGGAAAGGUCGUUUGGUAUUGCAAGACAGCCACAGGUACGAUGGGCAUUGGCGCAAAGGCAUGAAGCAUGGCAUGGGUCGAAUGUAUUACCCAGACUGUUCGCGAUACGAAGGAGAGUUCAGAAAAGACCAACGGCAAGGUAUUGGUAUUUAUUACUAUCCGAAUGGCGCACGUUAUGAUGGGAAUUGGUUCAAGAACAAGCGCCACGGUGUAGGAAAUUACGUUUUUAGCCGCGGAGAUGUUACCUUGAAGGGAACAUGGAUCGAAGGAAUCGCUCGCGGUCCCGCAGAGAUCGUCUUUGAAGAGUAUCGGUUCCAUGGAUAUUGGGAUGUAGACAAACCCAGAGGUCCAGGUAGUUUCACUUUUGACGCCAAAGUUAUGAUCAGUGGAAAGUACUUCGUCGAUGAGAAAGAGGGAUGUGAUGCAAGGGAAUUGGUGUGGCAACCGUUUUUGAUUGAGAAAUACGACUAUUCAAAGCUACCACUGGAACCCCUUCCUUUUCCAGUAGACGAGUCGGACGUGUCAGACAUAAGCUCUUCUGAAGAUGAAGAUUGUGAUUCAGAAGGGUCGUCUAACGUAAGUGUCGAUGGAGAAAUAUUAAUAAUGUCGUGAAAAACAUCCCGAAGAAAACUAAA